AUGGCGAACCUCGCCUCACACAUGACACCCAAGAUGGACGACGCACCGGCAUUUGUAUCGCAUCCUAAUCACUCCAACCACGUGCAGGAACGAUUGCCCGAAGUCUCUGGCAUCUCGACCAAGAUCUACCACCACCUUGGCGUCGACACGCCCUUCGACCCACAGCACCGCCUGGUCACGUCGUACAUCCUCCCCGUGCCCGCUCUUGCCGCCUUCCGCGUGCUCGUCGCCGUCUACAUGCUGAUCACCGCGCUGUCCACCGCCGUCGUCGAAGGCAUCGGCACGAUCACCUACUUCAGCUCACUCAGCUAUUGGGGCGACUGCGUGUACUUUCUCAUGUCUGCCAUUCACACGUGCAGCUUCUCAUGGGCGCUGUGGCGGUGGAAGCUGGCGAGCACACAGCAGGGGGCGAGUCGGAUCGAGAUGGUGGAGAAGGCGUAUCCGCUAAACGCGGUGGCGCGAAUCGAUAUCGCACGGAACAAGGCGCGGAUCGAUGCAUUUGGUACGCAGCUGCACGACGGCAUCGAAGGCGAGCUGAGCUACACCAGGGGCUCCGAGUUCGAGGUGGGCGCGCGAUACCCUCGGUCUUGGUUGAGCAGGUCGUUUUCCAGACCGUUGCAGGUGUGCCAUACGCUGCUCGUGUCGACCGUUUCGUCAUUCCCGCUGGUGGUGCUCGUCAUCUUCUGGUCGGUGCUUCGCGGCCCUGCACCGCUGGGCGAUCCUUACAGCGCGUUUAGCAACAUCGGCAAGCACACGCUCAACUACGUGCUCACUAUGCUCGAUCUCGUCGUGCUCUCCCGCACCCCGCUUCGCCCUUGGUGGCACCUAGUCCCCAUUGUUGCCUUCCUCGGGCUGUACAUCGGCAUUGUCGAUAUUACCUACCACCGCUACCACGUCUACGUCUACAGCUUCUUCAACGUCCAGCAGUUCGGGGUGACGCUCGUCGUCGUCGUCUGCCUGCUGCUCGCCGUGUUCGCGGUGGUUUGCUUCCUGCUCACACAAGCGCUGAUGCUGCUGCGCGAGUACGUUGCUGCCAAGCUGCAGGGCAGCGGCGGAUGGGGCAGCGCCAGGGCCGUCGGCGUGCCGGACGACGCAUGCAUCCCUACACUGCGCGGGCCCGGCCCUCUCGGCGGCGGCGGCAAGCGCGUUCGACCGGGCCACGACGUGGUACACCUCCGUGGCCGCUUCCCCUGCAACGCCCUCACCAACGGCGCACGCAGCAGCGGCAUCCUGGUCGACGACGUCCACAUCCAGGCACUCUCCAUGGUCGGCUCCGAACUCAAUGUCGACUCCGUCAAACCGCACAUGCUCCGCCCUGAUGUUCGCUCCGCCGACUGCGACGUUCGUUCGCUCAGCAGGAGCGCGAGCAGACUGGACGUGCCUACUCCGGACGCCUCGAGCAGCCAGGCACGGCUCUUUCGCCCUGUUUAG